AUGGCAAACCAAACCACAGUGACUGGAUUCCUUCUCCUGGGAUUCUCUGACAUUAGAGAACUGCAGAUUUUACACUUUAUUGUAUUUCUAGUGCUUUACCUGAUCUCCCUGCUGGGGAACCUUCUCAUUAUCACAGCCAUAGCCCUCAACCAUCACCUUCACAACCCCAUGUACUUCUUCCUGAUGAAUCUGUCCAUCCUAGACUUCAGUUCCAUCUCUGUCACCAUCCCGAAAUCCAUGGUCAAUUCCCUCAUGAACACCACAUUGAUUUCUUAUUCUGGAUGUGUUGCCCAAGUCUUUUUUUUCUCAUUCUUUGCUUCAGCAAAUUUGGCCAUACUGACUAUCAUGGCGUACGACCGAUACGUUGCCAUCUGCCAACCACUGCACUAUGAUAUUGUGAUGAACAGAAGAGCUUGUGUCCAAAUAGCAGCCAGUGCCUGGAUCAGUGGUAUUCUCUACUCUGCACUGCACACCGGGAACACAUUUGCAAUAUCCUUCUGUGGAGGCAACAUGGUGGAUCAGUUCUUCUGUGAAAUUCCCCAGCUGCUCCAUCUUGCCUGCUCUGACUCAUAUCUCGGUGAAGUUGUUCUUAUUUCUCUUAGUGUGCUUUUAUGUUUAAGUUGCUUUGCUUUUAUAAAUGUGUCAUAUGUUCAGAUCUUCAAAACAGUGCUGAGAAUCCCCUCUGAGCAGGGCCGGCAUAAAGCCUUCUCCACCUGCCUCCCUCAUCUCAUUGUCGUCUCCUUAUUCCUUUUCACUGGCACCUUUGCCUUUCUGAAACCCACCUCCAACUCAGCCUCAGACCUGAAUCUCUUGGUGGCUGUUCUCUAUUCUAUAAUGCCCCCAAUGAUGAAUCCGAUCAUCUACAGCCUGAGAAACAAGGAAAUGAAAAGUGCACUCAGUAAACUGAUAGCUGAGGAUCUGGUCCAAAAACGUAUGAUUAUGAAAUUAAAAUUCACUUUGAAUAUUCUGUACAAAGGCCCUCAUUCUGCAGCCACUUCAGCACAUUCUAAACUCUAA